UACUGGAGGGAAGUGCUGUGUUUCCAGAGAGGCAGAAGUUAAAAAUCCAAAGGUUCAACUCAUGGAUUGUAAGCUGAUCAUCUUUGUGCUCACAGGAGCACUGCUCAGUGUUGCCUUCGCACAGACUCGUCAGUACUACUUUGUGAACACGCAGCUGAACUGGACUAGUGCUCAGAGUGUCUGCAGACACGACUUCACUGAUCUGGCAACCAUAGAAAACACAGAUGACAUCAAUGCUGUUGUUAGCACCACAUCAACCUUUACAGGCAAGGCUUGGAUAGGUCUCCAUGAUGACUUGGUAAACAGCUGGAGAUGGUCCCUAAAUGACAGCAGCUUCUACGGUGAAGGAGAGACGACAUUCAGAAACUGGGAUUCUGGCCAGCCCGACAAUUUUGGUGGAACACAGUACUGUGUGAGGCUUUUAGCUAAUGGCAAAUGGGAUGACGUGAACUGCAGUCAGCAGUAUAAUUUUGUGUGCUACAAUGGCACAGUGAACGGCACACCAUCUCUCGUUUUUGAUCAAACUUUGCUCUUAAAUUGGACUGAAGCUCAGCAAUUCUGCAAGCAGAAUUAUGUUGAUCUGGUCAGCAUACGAAAUCAAACUGAAAAUAACAUCAUCAAAGACAUAGCAGGUGGAUCUACUGUGUGGAUCGGUCUGUACCGGUAUAAAGAGUGGUCUGAUGGCAGCAACUUUCUGUUUCAAUACUGGGCUAACGGUCAGCCAGACAGUGGCUCACAGCAGUGUGUGGCAGCAGGAUUCGGUGACUCGGGAAAAUGGUCAGAUGAAGACUGUAGCCAGAGUUUACCGUUCAUCUGUUACACACCAAAGGAACUACCCCCCAGCUGCGUACAGCUAGGUUGUCCUUCUGGCCAGGAUUGCAUCACUUUUAAUGGAACGGACCAAUGUGUCGACCCCUGCCAGAACUACACCUCACUGAAUGAUGACUGGCGCUCAGUAAAUAACACAGACAUUUCAACUUUGCACUGUGACUAUAUUAACUGGCAUGGCUGGUAUCGGCUGUUUCUCAAUAAUAACAGUGCUCAAAUCCCAGAGAGAUGUAUAGAAACAUUGAGAUGUGGAACUCAUGCUCCGAUGUGGAUAACAGCACCUCAUCCCACACAGUCAGAUGUUAUAGUAAAUCGGACUGUGUGUAAUAACUGGGCUGGUUCCUGCUGUCAGUUUCCCUCACAUACCAUCCAGGUCAAACUCUGCUAUGGAUACUAUGUCUACAAACUACAGCGACCAUACGCCUGCCACCUGGCAUAUUGUGCAGAGCAAAUGUUCAGUGUUUCUGGACAAAAUGAGACCAGUAUCACUCUGCAGUGGAAGAAACUCAACAACAAUGUUAGCUUUGUUCUCCAGUUUAAUGGUACAGAGACAAACAUCACUGCACCAGACGGAAAUGGAACAGUAACGUACACAGUCUCAUCUCUCACUGCUGGGACUAAAUACACAUUCACUCUCUUCUAUGUGUUUGACAACAUCAGAUACAGUAGAGUACAACUUACAGCUGUUACUGCUCCUCUAAAUGCUGCAAACUUCACAUCAUCAGGAAAAACUCAGACCAGUAUCACUCUGCAGUGGAACAAAGAUAACAACAACACCAACUUUGUUCUCAGUGUUAAUGGCACAGAAACAAAUAUAAAUCCACCAGUAGGACCAGUAACUUACACAGUCUCACCUCUCACUGCUGGAACUACAUACACAUUCACUCUCUUCUCUGUGUUUGAGAACAUCAGAAGCAGUGGACUACAGCUUACUGAGGAACUACCCCCCAGCUGUGUACAGCUAGGUUGUCCUUCUGGCCAGGAUUGCAUCACUUUUAAUGGAAUAGACCAAUGUGUCGACCCCUGCCAGAACUACACCUCACUGAAUGAUGACUGGCGCUCAGUAAAUAACACAGACAAUUCAAAUGUGCACUGUGACUAUAUUAACUGGCAAGGCUGGUAUCGGCUGUUUCUCAAUCAAAACAGUGCUCAAAUCCCAGACAGAUGUAUAGAAGCAAACCGAUGUGGAACUCAUGCUCCGAUGUGGAUAACAGCACCUCAUCCCACACAGUCAGAUGUUAUAGUCAGUCGGACUGUGUGUAAUAACUGGGCUGGUUCCUGCUGUCAAUUUCCCUCACAUACAAUCCAGGUCAAACUCUGCUAUGGAUACUAUGUCUACAAACUACAGAGACCAUCCGCCUGUCACCUGGCAUAUUGUGCAGAGCAACUGUUUAGCACAAAAGUAUCUGGACAAAAUGAGACCAGUAUCACUCUGCAGUGGAGUAAAGUCAACAACAGUGUUAGCUUUGUUCUCCAGUUUAAUGGUACAGAUACAAACAUCACUGCACCAGAUGGAAAUGGACCAGUAACUUACACAGUCUCAUCUCUCACUGCUGGGACUAAAUACACAUUCACUCUCUUCUCUGUGUUUGACAACAUCAGAUACAGUAGAGAACAACUUACAGCUGUUACAGCUCCUCCAAAUGCUGCAAACCUCCAUUCUUUAAGAAACAAUGAGACCAGUAUCACUCUGCAGUGGAGUAAAGUCAACAACAAUGUUAGCUUUGUUCUCCAGUUUAAUGGUACAGAGACAAACAUCAGUGCACCAGAUGGAGAUGGACCAGUAACUUACACAGUCUCAUCUCUCACUGCUGGGACUAAAUACACAUUCACUCUGUUCUCUGUGUUUGAGAACAUCAAGAGCAGUGGAGUCAGCAUCACUGCAGCUACCGGACCCAAUUUCGUUGUUGGAUUAGAAAUUGAAUUAAAUUCAUUAACUGAACUGUCAGAUUCAGAUCUCCAGGAUGCGCUGGCAGAGCUCUUUAAUCUAUAUGGGAUACUGCCUCAGAUUUCCAUGAAGGUCCUAUCUGUGAAGCCAGGAGAUGAGUGAAGAACAACAUUGUUUCCUAUGCUUCCCUGAAAAGAGCAGAACUUGAUGAUGGGAAUAUUUUUAAUUUUACAAUUACACAAAAUCAUUCCUUUAACUUUAUGUAUCUGUAACAGUGAAAUCAGUAUCAGAUUAAAUAUCAUCUACAAAUUUGUUAAGACUGUGUUAAGCUUUCUUUAGUGCAUUGUAAUUAUUGUUAUUGCUAUGUUGUAAUUUGUUUGAAAUAAAUCAUCUGAGAGUGCUGCAAUUAAUUCAUCCACAUGUUCCUUGUUGCUGAAACCUACAUGUAUGAUACCAAUAUAUACAAAGAAAUACCAGACAAAACAGAUGCAGUACUUCACCUGAGCCAGACUUUACUCCUCCCACCUUCAAACAACAUGCACGAUGUGUUAGGGUUCUGUUAUGGUUCCUGGAUUUUUGUGUGUUUCUUGGUUUAUUAGGUUUUGAUUAUGGUUUGGGUUUCUGGGUUUAUGUCAUGUCCAGUUCUGUUUUCCUGUUUUCCCUCAUGUGCUCUGGUUUCUGUUCCUAGCUUAUUACUCCACCUGGUUUGAUCCUCAUUCACGUCACCUGAGCCUAAUUACUCCCUAUGUCUAUAAAUCCCGAUGGUUUUCAGUUUUGCCUUGUCAGAUCCUUGUGUGUGUGUGUGGUUCAUGCACCUGUACUGUGUGUUUCCGGCUCCUGAGUUCAAGUUAAUAAACUCAUUUACCCGCACCGA